AUGUCCGGCUCCUGUAGUCGUCGUCAUCAACGUGAUCUCGUGUCUGCAAUGCAACUUUUAGUGAUUCCAUUGAUCUUCUUCUACUGUUUUUUGUGGCUUCCACAGCACUUCCAAGCAGCCCCUAUGCCACCACCGCCAUCAUCGCCGAGUAGCUGGACAGACAAAAAGAACACAGAUGCAACUCACAAAUGGCAGAAAUUGGCUAAAGCUCAUAUAACACGCCAUUUUUCGGGCAAUCCCAGAGCUCAGCCAGUUGCCAAAAAUGUGAUUCUUUUCAUCGGCGACGGCAUGGGCUUGACAACAGUUACUGCAGCAAGAAUAUUCAAAAGUCAGUUUAAAGCUCAACAGAGUUCAGAAAACUUUCAAGACGAAGAAGAAAUUAAAAGUGAAGAACCAGAAUGGACUCAAUCAGCUGAAGAGGAUGAACUGUCAUUUGAAAAAUUUGAGCAUGUGGCACUAAGCAAGACCUACAAUCUCGACAGUCAAGUGGGUGAAUCGGGUGCCUGUGCCACGGCGUUGAUGUCCGGCGUAAAGGCCAACUUUGAGACGAUUGGUCUGAGCGGCCUGGCAAAGCACAACAACUGCACCUCAACCUUUGUCGAAGGAGGACGAGUGUCCAGCAUUGCAGAGUGGGCUCAGCAGCAAG